UCCUGCUCCCUCCCUCCUGUCUCCCUCUCUCACUGCGCUGAGGUGCUGAAGAGAGGAACUAGAUCCAGCUGUGAUGGAAGGGAGGGGGGAGAGGAAAGAGGAGGAGGAGAAGGAGGCACUGAUGCGCCAUUACGCACAGGCACGAUCAAACUUCAGGACAAACACGAACCCUACAGGCGGUGCGACAUCAAAGCAGCACCUGAAGGUUAAACAUCGGCCGCAAAACGUGCUUACGCAUGUUCGAAGGAUGACCCAGAAGCUCUGCCUGGAGGGUCAGGUGUACUCAGUGCCUCUCAUCCAGCCAGACUUGAGGAGAGAGGAGGCUGUUCACCAGAUAGCAGAUGCAUUGUUCCUCCUGGAGACCAUCUCUACUGACAUCUUUAGGAGAGUGUCCGAAAGUGUCGAGAAAAAUCGCUGCCACCUGCAGAGCGUCAACGACCGGAUCCGACUGGUUCAGGCUCGUGUUGACCGGAUCAAAGGCAGUAAAAAAGCCACCAAGGUUUUCUCCAGUGCCAAGUACCCGGCCCCAGACCGACUGCAGGACUACUUGUCUAUCUUCACCGGAGCCUCCGACCCUUCAUCACAAGCCCGCCCUCGACAUAGAAUACAGAACAAACUUCGACCCUUUGAUGAGAAGACUUUACAGGAGAAGCUGGUCUACUUCCCUGUGUGUGCCGGCAACAAGAAGAAGUCAGAGGAUGAGACGGAAGAAGGGCUGGGCAGCCUGCCACGUAACAUCUCCUCCGUCAGCUCGUUGUUGCUCUUCAACACCACCGAAAACCUCUACAAGAAGUACGUCUUCCUCGAUCCUCUGGCGGGAGCUGUGAUCAAGACGCACAUGACCAUCGAGACAGAAAAAGAGGAGAAACCUUUUGACGCUCCAUUGUCCAUCACAAAGAGAGAGCAGCUUGAGAGACUGACGGCAGAGAACUACUUCUACGUGCCAGACUUGGGUCAGGUGCCAGAGAUCGACGUGCCGUCAUACCUGCCAGACCUGCCAGGCAUCGCCGACGACUUGUCCUACAGCGCCGACCUGGGUCCUGGCUUCGCCCCGUCGGGACCCACGCACAUCAUUCCUGAGCUUCCGGCCUUCUCGGAGGACAGCGCAAGUGAGCUUCACCCUAGUGUUCUCCCUCCUCCUCCGCCACCGCCACCACCACCUCCUCCUCCUCCUCCUCCUGCACCUGACACUGCCGCAGGUCCACCUCCUCCGCCACCCCCUCCGCUGCUUCCUGCUGAAACCACUUCAGACGGAGUCGAAGUUCCAAGUUCAGGCCCAGUUUCUGGGGCACCCAGCGAGGUGGUCCAGCCUUCAGACGGCCGAGCCAGCCUCCUUGAGUCUAUCCGCAAUGCUGGCGGCAUUGGCAAAGCCAAGUUGCGCAACGUCAAGGAGCGCAAAAUGGAGAAGAAGAAACAGAAGGAGCAGGAACAAGUCGUAGCAGGAACUACCGGUGGGGACUUCAUGUCCGAUCUCUUCAACAAACUCGCCAUGCGCAGGAAAGGUAUUUCUGGGAAGGGCCCGGUUGGCGGGGAUUCAACCGACCCCCCCGCCGGCACCGGAGGAGCGUUUGCAAGAAUGUCUGACGUCAUCCCACCGCUUCCCGCCCCGCAAACGGCGACAGAUGAUGACGACUGGGAGGUCUGAAGAAGUGGACAGUGAAGAUUUAAUGUACAGAUAAUUAGGGUUGGGAAAUUUUCAUUUCCAACUUUGAAAAUUGUCUGCAAUUUUGCAACUCUAUGAACAAUACAAAAGCACUUAAUAGUUUAUUACAGAAAGAAUGUACCAAACUAGAUUAUAUAACAUUUGACUGUAAAAUGGUGUCACUCGUGUACAAGUUUCAGAAUUUUACCACGAGUAGCGAUGCUCGUGAGCCGUCGACGCAUUUCGCUCACACGUUUUUCUCUUCAAUAAACCAAUGUUUGCAUUACGUAACAAUGCACCUUCAAUAUUUAAUGUGGCAAAUGAAAGCCGUGCAGCAUUGUCGCCGCUUCAAUAAUUCAGUUGGACACGCAGCAACUAGUAAUGUUGCAACAAUGUUGCAGACUCACAGUGAAUAGAAAAAGUCUACACACCCUUGUUCAUAUGCUUUUGGUGAGACCAAGAUAAAUCAUUUAAAACCUUUUACCCUACAACUCAUGCGACCUGUACACCUCAACUGAAAAACAUGUGGAAGCUUUUACGGUGGCAAAGUAAAAAUAAAGAAAUGAGAU